UUUUCCCGAGAUAACUGAUCUCUGCCACCUGUAAUUCCUGGAGAUCUCCAGCUAUCACCUGGAGGCUGGGAACGCAACUGUGGAAGCUCCUCUGCAGGCUGCAGUAGCGAGUUGGAGCUGCCAGGCAAGAUAGAAGGGAACUGGCUUCACCCCCAAUUAGGUUUUUCCGGUUGGCAGCCUUCAUGCAACCGGCUUACCGAGAAACGAGGGGUAUUUAAGUUCUCUCUGCACUUGGCGGAAAGGGAGGUGAAAGCGUCGUUGCAGUAGCGCCUCCCAAGCACUGCCACGCUUGGCAGAGAGAUUACUUGACGCCCAUCUGUAGCUGACUUUUUGCAGACGUCUGGGAGGGUCUCACGGGCAAAGGAGGCCGCGGGAAGCUCCCGAACGCCAAAAAGCGCCGCACGACCAGAAGCGCCUCCGCAGGCUGCAGCAACGACUGGGCGCUGGCUUCCUAGGGCUUGAGGUCCUGGCGGAAGAAGAACCGCCAGGCCAGAUGACACCCAAUCACGAUCUGGAUUUAUCACUAAGCCCCGCCUGCUAACACCCAGGGCGCAAGGUCAAGGGGCUUUGACCUCGGCCUGGGGGGCGGGGCGACUCAAGCAGGAAUAUUCUGGGAGCAGCUGAAAGGAGGGGCUGGCUCCCAGGUAGCUUUAAGCCCAGAUUUUAAAGGAAUCUUUCCUUACAGUUGGAGCCAGUAAACAAGACCCGGUUCAACCAGAAGCCAGCCAUUAGAUGGUGCAUCGCCAUGGAGAUCAGCCACUCUGUUAAGGAGCGCACCAUCUCUGAGAACAGCCUGGUGAUCCUGCUGCAGGGCCUCCAUGGACAAGUCACCACCGUAGAGCUGCGGAAUGAGAGUGUGGCCGUGGGCCGCAUCAUCAACGUUGAUGCCUUCAUGAACAUCCGCUUAGCUGAAGCAACGUUCACUGACCAGCAUGGCUGCUCUUCUUGGAUGGACAGUCUCUUUGUAACCGGAAGGAACAUUCGCUAUGUCCACCUCCCUGAUGAUGUGGACAUCAGGACUACAAUUGAGAAACAGCUGCAGCUCAUCCACAGAGUUCGUACCUUUGGUGGCAGAGAUAAGGGCAGGAAGGAGUUUCUUAGGACAAAGGACAAAUGAAUGGGACUGCCAGUGUGCCUUAAUUCUGGUAGUUUUCCAUUGAAACUGAGAAUUUCAUGUUAUACUUGGGCAACUCUUCAUCUGUCUUUGGCUGGCUCUACUUCCUUUGGUACUUCAGGGAUUUUGCUAAACAUUUCUUUUUUAAAGGCGAAAGGUAUUGAGCCUCUUUGUAGUAAUGUGUACAUUAAAAUAUCCUUAAGUUUCUAAUGGGUGACCCUUCUAUAGCUCUAGUCCUGUUUUGAUAAAUUCUGCUUUUGUCUGUUUAUAUUUUUACAAAUAAAUUUUUGUAUUAACAUUCA